AUGGAGGAAGCUGGUUCUGCCCCUAAUUAUUCAGGAGAUAUGAAAGACAAGGACCUUCUAGACAGUUUCGAAAAAUGGUUCGAUGAUAAAUGCAAGAAAACAAACCUUGUUCAUUUUUAUUAUGGGAGGGCAGAUAUAGCUACAAAAAAAAUCCAAAAAGGCGAUGGAGUUAUUGUUGCUGUUAUUGAUAAUAUGGAAGAUAUCGAAAAGAAAACAUCGUUUUUGCAUCGUGGCAAAAACGUUCAAGUCAUUUGGAAGUUCUGGAAAGAAGAUUCAGAAGAAGCGUCUUUAGGAAUGGAAGAGGAGCAAAAGCUCCAAGAUCAGCAGAUUGAAAAACUAGAAAAAAUCGAAAAAUUCCUGGAAGAAAAUGCAAAUGAUUUGUUCGAAAAGCAUUCAAACUUAGAGAUGAUCGUGGCUUCGACGUAUCGAAUAAAAAAAGGAAGAAUAGAGAUAACACCUUGCAUCGUUUUAUACUGUUCUUGCAAAGGCAUUGUGCCUAUCAAUGAAUCCAAAUUCCCCACCGAAAUUGAUGAAUUCAAAACAGAUGUUAGAGAGGGUUUCUUUCAUUUGCAUUGGAAUCUCAAUGAAGAUGUCUGUGCUGUUUCUAAAGAUUUACUAAAUCCAUUGAGAAUGGGUGCAAGCAUAGGAACGAAAGAUAAACAGACAGAAGGAACUCUUGGUGGAUUUGUUAGAUCCAAUGACGAAAUUGGGUUUAUAACCUGUGCUCAUGUUUUAUACGACUCAUAUGAAAUGGAGACAGAAAACCUUCCAAGCACUCCAAUAACCGUGGUGCAACCUUCCCAAUUACGAGAAGGAUCGCAGGAAUGUGGUCAAAGUAUACGAUCUGUUUCCUCAUUUUCCAAUGUUAAUGCAGAAAAGAUCACAGUCGACGCAACUCUUGUCAAAUUGACAGAAAGACUUCCACAACAAUUGUUUUUCGCGGACCUAUUAACGGCAAGAUUGAUCAAGUACGGGUUUUCGAGAACUACCUUUCCUCGGUAUAUCGGAGGAACUCCUCUAGACCUUAGGAAGGUCAAAGAUCGGACAGCUCAUCUGUCAAAAAAAUAUCUGAAAUGUGGCACGACUUCUGGACUUACAAUGGGAAGUCUCCGAUUAUUUUCAUUUAGAGGAAGACUCAGAGAUAGCCAAACAAGAAAAGGUACGAGACGUCUUCGAAAUGAAUUCUACGAAAACCAACUAGUAAUGAGGGGUGAAAACUUCUCUGCCCCCGGCGAUUCUGGGUCAUUUGUCUUCCAGGUUCGGGAGGAUUAUAUCGGCAGAUUGGAUUGUGUUGGAAUGAUUGUCGGGGCGUAUAAAGAUAAAGUAGUUGUCACCCCUAUAAUCCCUGUGCUGAAUGCGUUGGGUGCGAGUCUGAUCCCAUUUCCUUAA